GCUUUCGCCAACCUUUAUAAAAUCUCGCUAUUUUCUCAAAAAACCCUUUCCUUGGCCCAAAAGUUUAAGCUCAAAUGUUUAAUGUUUUAUAUACCAUUUUGUAGCUCGUGAAAUUCUCUAUCGAAUGGUAUAUUAUAGUUGGGGAUUAAGUUGACUUUGAUACGGAAAGUGUUUGACGAAAGUGAGGAUAGGUCGAGGAAUCUGAAUCUGAAGUCAGAUUUCGAAAAUUUUGAACUCCAUUUUUUAGGUCAAAGGAAGGAUUUUUUAAGAAAACAACGAUAUUUUAUAAAGGUUGGCGAAAGUAAAUCGGAGUCGGUGAAUCCGAAUUUCAAGUCAGAUUUCGAAAAUUGUGAAGAAAAGUCGUUNUUUUCAAUAAAAUAUAUUAAUUUUCUCGUACUAUAGCUUCAACAGGAAGAUUUUUCAUAUAAAUUUGUUCAUUUAAACUCGAUCGAUCAUAAAAUGGAUUUCCUAUUUGACAAAAAUAAGCUAAUGCUGUUUCUUCACUUUUUGAGGUACACAUAACACUCGGAUAUAAAUCCGAUGUUUCCACAUUUAUUUUUGUUUUAGUUGGGAUUAUAAUUAUACAGUAGGUAAAAUAGCUGGUCGUCGAAUGGAUUGUCAUUGUGGUUCAGCUGAAUGUCGUCGUCGAGUUCUCUAG